GGCGACCUUUCUAUGAAAGUAUUUGUACAAUCCACACGUGUACGUCUGUACGUUUUCUACGACUUUUUUAAGGGAUUUGAAAGAUAUAUCGGCACUCGAGGGAAACGAAAAAUGCCUCCAAAGAAGAAGGAAGAGGUUAAACCCACGCCGCUCAUGGGCAGGAUUGGAACUUCCCUAAAAUGUGGCAUAGUUGGGCUUCCAAAUGUCGGGAAGUCAACAUUUUUUAAUGUUUUAACGAAAAGUGCCGCAGCUGCUGAGAACUUCCCAUUCUGUACAAUAGAUCCUAAUGAAAGUCGAGUUCCAGUGCCUGAUGAGAGAUUUGAUUGGCUAUGUGAGCACCACAAACCCGUUAGUAAGGUUCCGGCAUUUCUUCUGGUGACAGACAUUGCUGGAUUAGUUGAAGGAGCUUCUGAAGGCAAGGGCCUCGGAAAUGCAUUUUUAUCCCACAUCUCUGCUUGUGACGCCCUGUUUCAUGUUGUCAGAGCAUUUGAGGAUGGUGAUGUUAUACAUGUUGAAGAUGACGUAAAUCCUGUACGAGAUUUAGAAAUAAUAUCAGAAGAAUUACGGAAAAAGGAUGAACAAUACUUGAAUGCCAGAAUGGAAAGCAUGGAACGAAAUGCUUUAAGAGGUGGAGAUAAAAAGGCCAAAGCAGAAUACGAUAUCUUAGCAAAGAUUAAGAAAUUGGUUGUGGAGGAAAAGAAAGAUGUUAGAUUUGGUGAAUGGCAUGCCAACGACAUCGAGGUUCUCAACAAGCAUCUAUUGCUGUCCUCAAAACCUGUCAUAUACUUAGUCAAUUUAUCGGAAAAAGACUACAUUCGCAAGAAAAACAAAUGGCUCUUAAAAAUCAAAGAGUGGAUUGACCAACGGGAUCCGGGCGCUCUGUUAAUUCCCUUUAGUGGUGCCUUUGAGUUGCAGCUACUCGAUAUGCCUGAUGAUAACAGAGAAAUAUAUUUAAAAGAACACAAAACGACAAGUGCAUUACAGAAGAUAAUCGUGACAGGCUUUAAGACUUUGCAGUUGGAAUAUUUCUUCACGGCUGGCAAAGAUGAAGUGAAAGCGUGGACGAUACAAAAGGGAACCAAAGCUCCGCAGGCUGCCGGAAGGAUUCACACAGAUUUCGAGAAAGGUUUCAUCAUGGCCGAGGUAAUGAAAUUCAAUGAUUUGAAAGAACUGGGCAAUGAUCAUGCUGUGAAGGCCGCUGGAAAAUACCGCCAGGAAGGUAAAAACUACGUUGUUCAUGACGGAGAUGUGAUCUUCUUUAAGUUCAACGCCGGUGCUGGAUUGACCGACAAGAAAGGCGCCAAGAAAUAAGGCAAAACCG